ACUCAGCAUCACGAUCAUCACCCGGGCAAGGCCACGGUCAGUGUGUUGUCGGGUCUCUGGAAUGUCGGACGCGACAUUGAGUGUCAAUGGUUGAGUGCCGAAGUCGUUGACGAGGGAACGAACUACUUGCUGAGCUUGUGACGAUGCUGAAAGGGCAGUGAAAUCGACCCAUCAUGCCAUGAAUCAGGAAAUCUCUCGAACUCAAUGUGCAAAGUUGUUCGCAGGACUUGAUUUGCACGCUGAUGGAAGGAACCUUGGAGUCGAUGGUUCACCAGAAUUUCAGACUUGGACUGACUGGUUGGAGAAAAGCUUGAAGCGAACCAGCAAAAAUGAGUGGCGUAGCCGGUCUCCCGGUGCUUCUAGGCGGUGCAUUGAGUUCUGCAGCGGGAAAUCUCGCCUGGUUCUUUCCAGUGUUAGCUGCAGCUAUAGCUUACUUCCAGUUCGAAGUAAUGGAUCCGGAAUCGAGGCCGAUCGACGUACCAUCAGAACUUCUCUUGCCAGCGUAUGAUUUCAUAGUAAUCGGAGCAGGAUCAGCAGGUGCGGUUGUGGCAAGUCGCCUUUCGGAAGUAGAAGAUUGGAAUGUUUUGAUACUGGAAGCUGGAGGAGAUGAGACAGAGAUUUCAGAUGUCCCUGUGCUCGCUGGUUACUUACAACUUAGUCAGCUCGACUGGAAGUAUAAAACGGAACCGCAAGGAGAUUCAUGUUUGGCAAUGCAAAAUGGUCGGUGCAACUGGCCACGUGGCAAAGUAAUAGGAGGCAGCAGUGUGCUGAACUACAUGCUGUACCUGCGGGGAAACAAGAAGGACUACGACACGUGGGAGGCGCAAGGUAAUCCCGGUUGGGGCUCGGACCAGGCGCUGUACUACUUCAAGAAGUCGGAAGACAACCUGAACCCAUACUUGGCGAAGACGUCGUACCAUUCGACGGGGGGAUAUCUGACCGUUCAGGAAGCGCCGUGGCACACGCCACUGGCAGCGGCGUUUGUGCAGGGGGGUCAGGAGAUGGGAUACGCCAAUCGUGACAUAAACGGAGCGUACCAAACGGGCUUCAUGAUAGCCCAGGGGACGAUAAGGCGCGGAAGCCGCUGCUCGACGGGAAAGGCGUUUUUGCGACCGGCCAGACUGCGGAAGAACUUGAACGUCGCGAUGCAUUCUCAUGUCACUCGAGUUCUCGUCGACCCCACCUCAAAAAGGACCUACGGCGUAGAGUUUCUCAGAGACGGUAAGCUGCACCGGAUCAGAGCCACAAAAGAGGUCAUUGUCUCCGGGGGUUCGGUCAACUCCCCACAGAUUUUAAUGCUGUCCGGCAUAGGGCCACGCGAGGACUUGAUUCAGCACAACAUCCCUGUGAUACAGGAUCUUAGGGUGGGGUACAAUCUUCAAGACCAUGUGGGGCUUGGCGGACUGACGUUCAUGGUCAACCAGGAGGUGUCUAUGGUCGAGAAUAGACUUCACAGUGUCCCGGCAGUGAUGCAGUACGCCGUUCUCGGUGAUGGGCCACUGACGGUUCUCGGUGGUGUCGAGGGCCUGGCCUUCGUUAACACAAAGUACGCUAACGCUUCGGACGACUUCCCCGACAUCGAGUUGCACUUUAUUUCUGGCUCGACAAACUCCGAUGGCGGUCGGCAAAUCCGCAAGGCUCACGGGCUGACGGAGCGGUUUUACAACGCAGUGUUCGGGCCCAUUAGCAACAAGGAUACGUGGAGCGUCAUUCCGAUGCUGUUGCGUCCCAGAAGCAAAGGGAUUAUUAAGUUACGAAGUAAAAACCCCUUCGACUACCCACUCAUCUAUCCAAACUACUUUAAGGACCCGUUUGACAUGGCAACUCUUGUUGAGGGUGUCAAAAUAGGCGUAGCUCUCAGCCGGACAAAGUCCUUUCAACGAUUUGGCAGCGAGCUCAACCCGAUACAUUUCCCCGGAUGCAAACACGUUCCACUCUACACCGACGCAUAUUGGGAGUGUAUGAUUAGGUACUAUUCUGUGACCAUUUAUCAUCCCGUCGGCACCUGCAAAAUGGGGCCUUAUUGGGAUCCCGAGGCUGUUGUGGACCCCCAAUUGAAGGUCUAUGGCGUCUCUGGGCUCAGGGUCAUCGACGCUUCGAUCAUGCCCAAUCUCGUCAGCGGAAACACCAAUGCUCCAACCAUCAUGGUCGGCGAAAAGGGAUCCGACAUGAUCAAGGAACAGUGGCUGAGGCGAAAGACUUAAACACGUUUGGGCUCGACGGAUUGACUGAAUUUUUUUGGUACUGAUCUUCGAAGUGUGAUCGAAAAUUUUACACGCUCUUGUAAUAUUUAUACGAUUGUUCGGUGGAUCAGGAAAAACUUCAUUCCGAUCAGCAGAAGAUAAUUUAGAAUAUGAAUUAUUUCAAUUUUUUAGUUCUGAUUGGAUAGUGAAAGAUAUGUAUAUUUUGACAUUGAAUCAAACAAAUUAACUUUUACACUUUAAAUAAUUACCAAUUUACAUAAAGAUGUUAAAUGCAACGUUAACACGUAUGACAGCAACAUGGUGUCGCGCCACAGCCUGUUAUCAAUUCAUCGUUCAGCUCAACGCUACGAGUGCAUAGAGACAGAAAACUCAGUGCAAACGAUUAUACUUUUGUGAGUUAACAAAUGGUGAAACGUACCCUUAAAAAUCAUUAUUAUAAUCAAACACGAUGACUCGAUUAAUGUAGUUCAUUUUCUGCCACCAGAUGGCAUCUUUCGAUAUUUUAGACUGCAAUAGUAUUUGGUUACUCAGGAUGCAUUUAGUUUUUGAGGUAUACUGUACAAUAUAAAUAAUUGUUGCGCGAGAUUCAGUGCAUUGUGAAAGUUACAGUGAAAAUUUGUAAUUUGAUAUUAAGAUAACGAAAAUUUUGUUGCACAAAAGUACCGCAAAUUCUCGGUCUUUAUACUCUCAUUGUAAAUAAUUAUUUAUUGCUAUUCCGAGAUGAGCUUUAUGUAUAUUGCAUGUUAUAUACACGAUUAGCUUGUAAAUAAACGAAUUUAUACGAGUGAGUAAUGAUGUUCUCGUAUUAUUAAUAAAUGUGAAAUGUAAGUGAUACCUUGAAACUCUGCUUCUUGUAUAUUAUUUACUCUUGCUUAUAAAAUCAUCACAGUUUUAGGGGUUGACUUAUAAGUAGCACGGGAUAGAAACGGUUUUUUUCUACACUGCAGAUGAAAAGAGAAAUAUAUGAUGAAAAAAACUGGUGUUGUAUGUAAACUGACAAUAUGAAAAAAAAUUAAAAGUUAUAUCACUCUUUUGCUUAGAGUUAUUUCAGUUGAAUAACGACGUGCCUUGGCUGCCUUUUUAUGCACAACAAUUCACUAUAAGUUAAGAUAGCUGUGAAAAAGUUACACCGCUGUCUCUAAUCUCAUCAAUUUUUUUCAUGUAAGGUUAUUGAGAAUUAUCAAUAGUGUCACAUUUUUCAUAAAGCCGGUGUUAUAAAUUAAUACGUCACUGGAACUAUGAACAGCAUAUUCGAAGUCUCACACAUUUUUACUUUUGAUAACAUUUCCUUAAGUAUCUGAAAAUUUUCACGAUACAGAUUCUUUUCACACCAUAAAAAGAAAUUUGUUGUAUUGCUUCAUGUAUGAAGAUCAGUAAAAUUAAGGUCCAUCAAUCUAACUUUCGAAGUGAUUCAUUAAAUAUUGAGUUUUAAAAACAACGCAAUAUUAGUAAUAUGGCGUUGCACCAGCUAAUCAUUUUAGCAAAAUCGUUGUACCAAUAUUAAGUGACAGAAAACUUGAUUCAAGCUGAAUUAGUGAUGGCCACUACUUGUAAGCUAAAAAUAAUCGCUGCAUCGAUUAAUCAAGUUCAAAAAUAUAAU